AUGACGCUGCAGAUGAACGAGAAGAAUAUGGCUUCAUCUUCUACCCGCUUUGACGCUUACCAAACGAGCGUCGAAGUCCAACUUCCCUACCGUCGGCAAAGUUGGGCCGGAGAAGUUUGCCGCGGGUAG